AUGUUCACGCCCGUCAACGGCGGCCGCGACUGGACGGUAUCCGUUGCCAUCCCCAGCAGCAUCAUCACCAACCUCGCGACGGCCGACCAGCGCAUGACGGCCCCCGGUCGCAUCGCCCGUGCCCUCGCCGUCUUCUCCGUCGACGAAGUCGUCGUCUUCGACGACUCGCCCGCCUCGUCGCGACCGCGCCAGACCGACCCGGCCUCGUACACGGGCGACACGGACCCGUGUCACUUCAUGGCGCACAUCCUCUCCUUCCUCGAGGCGCCGCCCUUCAUGCGCAAGGCCCUCUUCCCCCUCCAUCCCAACCUCCGGCUCACGGCGCUGCUGCCGAGCCUCGACAUGCCGCAUCACCCGAACCCCAAGGAGUGGAUCCCCUACCGCGAGGGCGUCACCGUCGCCGGCAAGACGAGCUCCGGCAAGGGCACGCUCGUCGAGGUCGGCAUGGAGGAGCCGGCCGAGAUCGAGGAGAGCAUCCCGGCCAAGACGCGGCUCACGCUCCUCUUCCACGAGGACCAGUCCAAGUACCCCGAGUGCGUCGACCCGGCGGCGCCCCGCGAGCGAGGCGGCUACUACUGGGGGUACUCGGUCCGCAAGGCCGGCUCCCUCUCCUCCGUCUUCACCGAAUCCCCCUACGAGGGCGGCUACGACAUGAGCAUCGGCACCUCGGAGCGCGGCCUGCCCGUGUCCAAGGCCUUUCCGGCGUCGGCACCGAAGCCGCUCGGCUUCAAGCACCUGCUGAUAGUCUUUGGCGGGCCUCGCGGCCUCGAGUUCGCCGCCAUGAACGACGCCGAGCUCGGCGGCAUGGAGGUGCAGGGACCGAGGACGAAGGAGCUGUUUGAUCAUUGGGUCAACGUGCUGCCGCACCAGGGCAGCCGGACGAUCCGGACGGAGGAGGCGCUGUUCAUCGGCCUGACCGCGCUGCGAGGGCUAUGGGACACGAGUUGA